CUGGUUAGCCAGCACUACGUAACAGUGACGUAACGCCAACGUCAUCAUCAUGCGACAAAACGAGGGAACAUAAACAAAACUCUCGCCUGUUCUGUAUUCCGUACGUAAACAUUACAUUUUCGGUAAUGUGAAGUUGUUUCUUUGCCCCAUGGACUCGGGUGGAACUCUGCAGGGUCUGGUAACCGCCGCCGCCUCGGUGAACUCCCACCGAGUAGCAGUGACGUUCGACGGCGGCUCGUCGUCCGAAGGCUGCGUGUCUCUGCUCUACAAGGACCUUCUAGAACUUUCCGGCGAACUAUGUCUGAGUCUGCGGGAGAAGUGCCGAGCCAACAACGGCGUGAUCGGACUGUUUUGCAGCGAUGAUCUGCUUACUCCAGUCUGGAUCCUGGGGAUCCUGCAGACCCCUGCCGCCUAUGUCCCGCUGGAUCCAGGGGCUCCAGGGCUUCUCUCCUCCCGGGUCAUAACCAGGUGUGGCCUCAAGUAUUGUGCUGUGAAGAGCGACAUCCUUCAGCCCUUCCAGGCCACGCUCGGCCAACACGUGACCCUGGAGGUUUGUGCAGUGUUGCCAAAGUUCAAACUCACCCUGGUUAGGGUCGAGUCGCUGCCGGCCGCCGAGCAAACGCAGGAAGCGGAACGUGUGUCUGGACCAGGAGGCCUGGCGUACGUGCUGCACACAUCCGGAACGACGGGGCUUCCCAAGAUCGUGCGGGUGCCACAUCGGUGUAUUCUUCCCAACAUCCUGCACCUGAGGUCUUUGUUUCAGGUGACUGCUGAUGACGUGGUCUUCCUUGCCUCGCCGCUGACCUUCGACCCCUCUGUGGUGGACAUAUUCCUGGCGUUAUCGUCCGGGGCCCAGCUCCUCAUCGUGCCCGCCGUGCUCAAGAAGAUUCCCAGGCGGCUGUGCGGGCUUCUCUUCGGGAGGCACAAGACGACGCUUCUGCAGGCCACACCCACGCUGCUUGGUCGCUUUGGGCCGCGCCUCCUCAAACAGGAAGUGCUGUCGUCCGGUUCGUCGCUGCGCGUGCUGGCUCUGGGCGGGGAGUCGUGCCCGCCGCCGUCUGUGCUGAGCGCUUGGCGUCAUGAGGACAACAAGACCAACAUCUACAACAUCUACGGCAUCACGGAAGUGUCCUGCUGGGCCUGCUGUCACAGGAUCCCCAUGUCUGUCCUUCAGCAGCCCAAUAACACCACCGCAUCCUCCGUGCCUCUGGGAACCCCUCUGAGGGGCACAAGGGUGGAGGUGAGAGAUGACGAUGGCGUCGUGGUGGAGAAAGGCGAAGGACAGGUGUUUAUAGGCGGAGAGGAGCGGGUGUGUCUCCUGGACCACGAGGAGUCUGCGGUGGCCUGGACCAUGAGAGCCACCGGGGACUGGGUGGACGUUAGAGACGGGCAGCUCUUCUACCUCGGGCGAAAAGACAGGACCGUCAAACGACACGGGAAACGUGUCAACCUGGACAACUUGCAGCAAUUGUUCAUGACUCUGCCGGAAGUUGAGGCGUGUGUCGUGUCUUUGCACGAAAAGUCUCGUCUGCUCGCCUUUGUUGUCGCAGAAGCGUCCUGGAAAGAGGCUCCGCCCUCUUCCUCUCAGUGUAGCGGGAACCCGAGGCAGCGCCUAUUGGAGCAGCUGACUCCGCUGCUGCCUUCUUACGCCAUUCCCGACACGCUGGUGCUCGUCCCGGCCUUGCCUCUGACUCCUCAUGGCAAAGUGGACAUGCGGGCGCUUGUGAAAAUAUACCAGAGGGAACAUUUGAACCCUCCACAUGAAGAUGUCACCCAACUCGGGCAAACUCUACGAACUUUAUGGCAGGAAACGCUCGGUCUUGGCGACGAAGCGGCCUUCGACGAGGGGUCCAAUUUCCUCUUCAGCGGAGGAGACUCCCUGAAGGCGCUCCGACUGUGCGAGGACAUCCUGGGCGCCACAGGAGCCAGCUCACCUCAGCUGGUGGAAGUCCUUCUUGAGGGGAGCUUCGCCGACGUUCUGCGCCACCUCGCCGGCAAUGGCGUUGAGGGACGCAGGCGGCCAGCUGAAACGGCCAUCGCCGCUCCUGCGAAGAGAGACCGCAGAGCGAUAGUUGCACCACAAGGGGGCGCCAAAGACGGGCGGGCUUUCAAAGUCCUGAGACGAGGAGGCGAUUUCGGAGAGAUGAGCACCAGAUGGGUUGAGUCCACAGCUCUGUCCCUCACUGUGAACUGGUCCUCGGACACGGGCCGGUGUGUGGACGCCUCGCCGGUGCUCCUGGUCCAGGAAGGACAAGACGGCGUCCGAACAAGCGUCUUCAUCGGCUCCCACUCCCACAGGAUGCAGGCUCUGGACUUGGACACCGGCCGCCUCCAAUGGGAGCGAGUCCUCGGGGGUCGGAUAGAGGCGUCGGCCGCCGUGUCCCGGUGUGGACGCUUCGUGGUCGUAGGGUGCUACGAUGGCGGGGUGUACGUCCUGCAGGCGGAAUCCGGGGAGACGCACUGGGUGUUCCAGACAGGGGACGCGGUGAAGAGCUGCGCCGCCGUGGACCCCCUGACGGGCCUCCUGAUGGUGGGGUCUCACGAUGGCUUCGUUUACGCCCUCAACCUGGAGGUGAGCCAGGUAUUUGCCAGCGACUGCGUUUUCUCCUCCCCGCACCUCGACAGCGCCCCCCGACAACUUUACGUGGCGACACUGGGCGGAAAGCUGCUGUGUCUGCACCCCGACAGCGGUGAUGUCCUGUGGUCCCACAGUCGGGACGCCCCCUUCUUUUCCUCGCCAAACGGCUCCUCCAGCGGUGUGGUGAUCGGAUCAGUGGACGGAAACAUCUGCUGUUUCAACAACAUGGGGAAACCGCUGUGGCAGUUUCUAACGCAGGGUCCGGUCUUCUCGUCUCCGUGCGUCUCAGCCGGGCAGCAGAACAUUCUGUGCGGCUCACACGACGGCGGCGUCUACUGUUUGAACUCUCACGACGGCUCUUUGCUGUGGACCUUCCAGACGGCGGGUAAAGUCUUCUGCAGUCCGUGCGUGUUUGACGGGGGGCGUCUUGUGGGCGUGGCCUCCACAGAGGGCACCGUCUGCAUCCUGGACUCUCAAAGUGGACAAAUGCGGUGUUCGUGCAAACUUCCCGGAGAACUAUUCUCCUCCCCGGUGGUGUUUGGACGCUCUUUAGUAGUGGGCUGCCGUAACGAUUAUGUUUAUUGUUUAACACUGGAAACAUAGCUUUUUGUAAUAAAAGGAGAGUUUUUUUUUUUUUUUAA